CGUCGCCUCCGCCAGAUGUCAGAGCGACUUGUUUUGACUCGGAGAAAAAUCAAUAAUUAAUUCCUCAUUUCGGCGACUCCUUAUCUCUCUCAUUCUUCUCAUUUCCCCCUGGUGAUUUUAAGUCAAGCGAAUUUGAGCAUCUGAGACACCAUGGCUACUCUAGAAGACCGCAUCCUUGGGGAGAAGCUAGAGUAUUAUUGCAGCAGCUCAGAAGAUGAGAGCGAAGACGACAAUGAGGAGGAUGAGGAAUCAGGGUCGCAGUCAGCUGUCAAGGAUGCCAGUCUUGAGCCUCCACCUGAAAUGGAAUUGCGGAGCUGGGAGGGAUCUUCCACCAAUACUGGGCCCAAAGGUGUGCUGAAAGAUUGGCAGCGUUUCAAACAGUUGGAGACAGAAAAGCGCAAAGAGCAAGAGAGAGAGCGCAUUGAGCUUGCAAAGAAGCUGGCAAUGAGCUGCAGGUCACAUCUCGAUGAUGAAAAGGACAAAGAAAAGCAGAACGAGGAGGAGGAGGACGUGGACCGCCUCAUUGACGAAGAGUUCCUGCGGCAGUACAUCUCCAAGAGGAUGGAGGAGAUGAUGGCCACCACGUCCACAAAGGCCCAGUUCGGUACGCUGAUUGCACUCGAUAACGGAGACUCAUUCCUUGAUGCCAUUGACAAAGAGGACAAGGAUGUCACAAUAAUUGUUCACAUAUAUGAGGAAGAAGCUGCAGGAUGUGAGGCCAUGAAUGGUUGCCUGGCUUGCUUGGCUCUGGAGUAUCCACAUGUCAAAUUCUGCAGAUUACAUGCAACAGCAGCAGGUGUCAGCAGUCGCUUUAAAGUGACGGGUCUACCAGCACUGCUGAUCUACAAAAGUGGACAAAUGGUGGGCAACUUUGUCCGCCUCACAGAUGAAUUUGGUGAAGACUUUUAUGCAACUGAUGUGGAAUCAUUCCUCAUAGAACACGGAAUGCUCAUCGACAAGACCCUGAUCCCUCCUGGAGUCACCAUCAAGGGACCCUCCAUCAUGAAGGAGGAUGAAGACAGUGACUUCAGUCUGGAGGACUAACCCCCCACACCCUCUCCUAAAGGUGUAUGGUUAAGUUCCUCCCUCACCUCGUCUCCUCUGCUCUUGUCUUCCUCGGCGGUAUACGCCCUCGAUGCCAGUCUCAGCCACAGCCGUAGGAGGGUUCUCUGUCCUUGUGCAUUAGGGUUUUGUCGUUAUCUCUCGUCUUGGGUCACAAUGAAAAUUUGUGUUCUUGGUUAUCAAUUAUUAUUUUGUUGGUGUCUUUUUCUUUUGUGUUUUUGGAAGAAAGGUAUAAUUGAAGAGUGACUGAAGACCCACAGUUCAAAUAUAACUUUGUGUUAGCAAAGUGAUUUAUCUUAUAUAUCUUUAUCUAUAUCUAUGUGUCUGUUGAUCAAUCUAGCUAUCUGUUUCUAUCUAUCUAUAUAGAUAGAAAGAUAUAAGGAUAUAGGUAUUUUUUCUUCUAUUUCCUCUUCUUCAUGAUCAUCAUCAUGUCCAUUUCAUUAUUCCAAGUUAAAUUCCUUGUGAUUACUCAGAAACAUAGGAAUAUGCCAUCGUAUUUUACCACUAACACCAUUACAAAAAACUCAUAUAUAUAUAUAUAUAUACUCUUUAAAGAUACACUAGUAACUUCAAACCAUUUGGUAAGGCUGUGUAGAAAAAAAAAAAGUUGCUCCAGUUCAAAAGAUGUGAAUUACCAAAAUCUUUCAAAAGACUGUGCAUAGUGUAAGGAAAUUAGAAAGACCACAGUGUAUAAGAUUAUUUUAAUGGCAUUUAUUUGAUGACAGACCUAAUGUGUUAACCCUGUGCAUGGUCUAAUUAUGUGCUGAGAAUGUACCAGGUUUCUCACUGUCUUAGUUAAAAGACAUUCCUGAAUCUCUCUUCUGUGUCCUUGCCUGUAAAAGUGAUAUCACUGGUAGUUCUUUGCAAUCAUGUUUUGUUUUUUUCUCCCUUUCUAGAUUUUUCUCCAGGACCCUAUGUGCCACUUGUUAAAAUCUUUUGACUAAUUACUUGAAUUUAUAUAGUAAUAAUGUUCAACAUAAUGUGGUACAAUACGCAUAUGUAACGUAUGUAAAACUAACAAGAAGUAUUUUGUAAUGAUAUAUGCAAUACAAACUAAAUGUUAUCUUAGGAAUUUUCACUAGAAUACCUUCUAAUUUUGUGGACACAUAAGUGCAGUAUUAUAGAAAUGAAAUAUAGGAGAAAUAGUUCUGAAAAUACACAACUGCUAGGAAUAUUGUUAAUAUAUUUCAUAUUACUUUAUUUCUAAUCCAUCUUUAUUAUUAUUGAUUAUUAUUAUUAUUAUUAUAGUCAUUAUUGUCAUUAUUAAACCAAUAACUCCAAAUGUCCAUGGAGAGCACAUAGCCAGCUCCUAGGGAAAUGCUUGUAGCAGCCUGGCUGUUGCUCAGGUAAUGUUUUCUGCUUCAGCCCAUACCAUGUAAUGAAUUGUGGUUUUUAUUAGUAUUUUGUACCUUCUCUAUUACCAUAUUUUAAAAUUUUCAUUAGUUAUUUGACAUGCUAUGCCAAAGAUGUUAUUGACUGAUGUAUGUUAUAUGACAAUACUAGCUCUUUAAGUGGUUUACAUCUACAUCUACAAUACAUCUCACAUGUAGCUCAAAUGCAAGCUCUGAGUUAUUCCACCUCUGAGAGCCCUUUGCACUGUUGAAGAUGUUAACAACUACCAUGUGAACGUAGAACUGUACCUUUUUCUCUCACUUGAUGGAUUUGCAGGUAGUCAUACCUGACUGAGCCAAGAGAGACAGUAAUUUACAGGGUAGUUCCCUAGAUGAGCACAGCCAUGAAUUUGGUAGUGAUGAAGAAGAUGGCCAAAGGCUCGCAUUUGCUAUCCAGGUUGAGAAUGUUGACCCUAAGACAGUUGGAGACUCCAGUGCUCUAUUUUCUGCUUGUGACACUUGAACUCAGAUUGUCCACGGAUGUCCUGUUCCCAAAUAGCCUCAGUAGCAGACACUGGUUCAUCCAAGUCUAGACUCAUGUUAUGUUGGAGCACAUUAUUCAGCUCAGGAGUCAUGACUGCUGCUGUCAUAUUUGUCAUCAGGAGCUUAGGGGGAGCAACACCAGAAAGAAGUAAGAUUUUGAUCACUUAGAAGGCAUGUUAAGGGAAACAAAGAUUUAUCAGGAUUAGGUCACCCCUAUUAAUAGAGAUUUCUGACAAAUAGGGUCAAACAAAAAUGCCUUUGAAUCAUGGCAUGAUCUGGAGAUAUGACCACUUGUAAAACUUCAUGAUCUGUAUUGGCAUAUGGAGUUAUGAGAUUAAUUAUUUGUAUUGUCAUUGUUAUUCUCAUCAUUCUUAUUGUUAUUUUCAUUAUCAUUAUUGAUAUCAUAUUGUUUUACUAUUGUUAUUUGUUUUAUUGUCUUAUUUUUCCAUUUUAUGUGAUAUCUCUAUAUGAGGAUCUUGAUAGUAAAUAAACUAGAACCUAGAAGUAACCCCGAGACUAAGAAAAUGGUUAUAGUCUGGACUUCUGGAAAUAUUUGAAAGGAUUGCAUAUGUUCUAACUAGUUAUUCAUUUGGCACGUUGCAUAAGCAUGUUGCUUUUGCUAGAAGUGUCUUGUUCUUUUUUGCUUCUGAUGCCUUUCAUCUUGCAGGUCCAGAUUUUAUUUAUUUAUUUAUUUAUUUAUUUAUUUCGUUACUUCUUUGAGGGAGCAGGAGUAUAGAGAAUGAAGGAGGGUGAAAUUAUAGUUGGAUCUUUAAAACCAACUAAUUUUGAAUUAAUGUUUUCUGCAGACUAGUUCAUUUAUUGUAUUUGAAAUAAUUUUGGUUACAUGAAUAUGAUUUAGCUCAUUUAAGGUGCUUAAUAUUCAGUGCAAUAUAUGGUUUUCUAAUAAUUGAAACUGAAUAGAGGAAUGAAAGAAGAAUCAGAAAUAGACAAGGCCAGAUUAACAGAUAUGGGGUCCCCUUAAAUUUAUUCUUUCAUUGCUCACUAUCGUCAAGCAUGACACAUGACAGUGAUUUCAUUAAAAAUAAAUAUUUAUACGUCUUAUGAUUAUUUUGUUACAUGAUAGAAUAUGUUAUGAAUGUGUAUGUUUGUGUAAGUGUAUAAUUAUAAUAAUAUUGAUUUUAUUUUAUGGACAUGCAGUAUCAACAAUCCAUUUACCCUCUGUGCUGGGGACCAAGGUACCCCAGUCUGUAAUCUGGCCUUGGAAAUAUAACUUUGCAAACUUU